CCACGCCCUCUCCUGAGAGGGGCGGGAGCUGCGCGCAGAUCACACGUGUGACGCUGGCGCUCCCGCUUCGGUAACAUUCCUUGAGCUGGGGCUGCAGUGCCUGUGUGUGUGUGUGUGUGUGUAUGCGUGUGUUUGGAGUUGGUUGGGCUUUGAGCUAUGGAAGCGGACGCGAGUCAACUCACCUCUGGAAGCCCGAAUGAUUCGCAACACGACCCGGGUAAAAUGUUUAUCGGUGGCCUCAGCUGGCAAACCUCACCAGACAGCCUUAGAGACUAUUUCAGUAAAUUCGGGGAGAUCAGAGAAUGUAUGGUGAUGCGUGACCCCACAACCAAACGCUCCAGAGGGUUUGGCUUCAUCACGUUUGCAGAUGUUUCCAGUGUAGAUAAAGUCUUAGCACAACCACACCACGAAUUAGACUCCAAGACGAUUGAUCCUAAGGUUGCCUUUCCUCGACGCGCUCAACCCAAGAUGGUCACAAGAACAAAGAAAAUAUUUGUGGGUGGAUUAUCAGCGAGCACAGUCGUUGAAGAUGUGAAACAGUAUUUUGAACAGUUCGGAAAGACAAAGGACUGAAGUGACAACGUUGAUUUAUGCUGGAAGAUUUGACCCUUGCACUCACACUAAGGGCACAGCUAACACACUUGCUGGGAAAGAGACAGACAGAAAGACAGAGAGAGUGAAG